AGUUCGGAUGGCGUAAACACCGUUAAUCUUAGUCUCAUCCUACCGACAAACGGAUCUUGAAGACAACAUCCGAACGCCCUGAUGAAUUUCCGCUUCUGCCCUGACGUUAACUCCGGAGCACCCCAUAGCCUAGGCGCGCCAUUACGGCUGCAUUUUCAUUGCAACACUGUUUCUUACAUCACAGGAUACAUACAAGCCACGAUCGAUAACGGCAGGAGAAGUAAUUCUGCUGUAUUGUAUCUGGGUCCGGAACUUAUCAAUAGGACAAAUCUGCGCAAGUGACUAGAGUUCUCAGGAGCAAGAAGUCCGAGCUUCUCUUCGAUGUCAUGAAAUUUUUUGCAUCCUCCAAAGAUAUGUAUGU